CGUUCUGCUACGUGACGAGGGGUCCGUGUUAAUAACUCGAGUGGCAAUAUCCUGGAAAGCUACUGGCGUGCAGAAAGUGUUACGCAAUUCGUUGAAACUUGGUAUUGUUGCACCGCAUUACAAUAGGCAGUGCCAUAGACGUUUUCCGGAAAGCCACUAAAAUACAAAUACACUGCAAUUUCUAAUUUUCUACGGAAAUGGAGGCACCGCAAGUUCAGAUCGACACGACUUUGGGAACGUUUACUGUUGAGCUAUAUUAUAAACAUGCCCCAAGGACAUGCAAAAACUUUGAAGAGCUUGCGAGGAAGGGCUACUACGAUGGGACAGUGUUCCACCGCAUCAUACCAGACUUCAUGAUACAAGGAGGGGACCCGACUGGCACCGGGCGAGGUGGCGAGUCCAUCUACGGAGGGAAAUUUGAGGAUGAGAUCACGCGAGAGCUGAAACACACGGGGGCGGGCAUCCUUUCAAUGGCGAACGCAGGGCCCAACACCAACGGGAGUCAGUUCUUCGUGACGCUUGCCCCAACGGCCUGGCUGGACGGCAAGCACACCAUCUUCGGGCGGGUCGUGUCGGGCAUGGCGGUGAUUAAGCGCCUGGGCAACGUACAAACCGACAACAUGGACCGACCGAUGAGUGAGGUCAAGAUCAUGCGUGCUAGACCCGUAUAGCACGUAAGGCGGUCGCGGUGUUGGAUGCGGAAAUGGAUUGGAUGCGGUGCGCUAUCUGGGGUUCCGUUGACCAUGCUAACAUGGACAGGGCGGAUCUUGCCGGAGGCAGAUACCUGUCUGGAAGGUUGGGAUAGGAGGCGUUUCAAGGUUUGGUGGGCGGGGUGGCUAAUGACUGUGAGAGAGUGACGCUGGCCAGGCAGGUUACGUGGGUACAUGUAAACGGGCACAACAUAACGGGGGGGGGCGUUGUGUUCGAGCAGGGGGUAAGGAUUCUAAUGACUAUUGUUGUGGAAGUGGGAGGCCGCUGUCACGAGUAGCUCCAGAGGGGGCCGAGCGUUGGGGCGCUGUGGUGUGCAAGCGCAGUGGGAUGUGGCUUGGGGGCCUGAGGCUAGGGUAGGGGGCACUGGAAGUGGACGAGAGGACAGGCUUGGCCGCGUGGCCGCGCCUGUUGACGGGAUUGUGCUUUGGCACUGUCCUGCAAUGCCAGAUGGAGGUUCGAAGGUAGGGCGCUUUGGGCCGUUCUCUUUUGUUGGGCUUCUUGGGACCCCUGCGGUUCCAACACCGGUAACAGCAGCAAAGUUGGUGGUGUGAGCCCCUUGGCGUUAUCACGGCUGCACUGCCAUGGUAACUUGCAGACAGACGCCAGCAAUACAUCGCGUGCAUUGUGCCCAUACGAUGGAUAGGGGGAAGCGCUUACGGCAUGAAUGGAGCUAAUGGCAAGGCCAGGUGGCGAAGCAGGGACUUCAGGGAGGACAAGGGAGGUGUACCCCCUGUUGCAGGAUAUCGGAGACCGCGGUUCGGUACCACGGGUAGGUGGCAGCAUGGGGCGCGCGCUCGGGACUCCUCUGGGCAUCUUCACUCCAAGCCUUGGGCUUGACGUAAAAAGCCUGUGCGACACCCCCUCCCGUUUACCACCCAGCGUCAGGGCUUAUUGGUGUGUGAUGGUCAGCGGAGGGUAUCGAUUCCAGGUAUCAUGUACGGCAAUGCCGACGGUUUAAAUCUCCUUCUAGCGACCUAGCGUACACAACCCGUAUACAUGCAAUCACGUCAUUUGCUCAAUGCCCAUAAAGAAAGCAAGUCGACACGCGCAGAGGGGAACUUGGGCUGAGAACAAGCUCGUCGUGGCAUCGGGGCCGGCCACCUCUAGGAUUUUAGGCAAGCAUCCUGUUGCAGCCUGUGAUCUGCUACAGAGGCUUUCCCAUUUUACUAGGGUUUAUUUGAAGAAGCACAAAUUUGCAAGACAGUCAUGGCUGGCGUGGUGGCAGCAGACCAGGGCAAGCGCAGCGGCUUUGGAAGGUUACCCAGCGAUGUCGUUGAGGGCAUCCUUGGGUUCCUAACUAAGGAUGUGGACAGCCUUCUGGCCAUCCGCGUUACAUGUACGGCCAUGUGCGAUCUAGUCGACAGGCGCUUCACGAAAUGUUGUAUGACCCUGUUGCCGGAUCACCUUGAAGAGCUCUUGAAAGGCGAGCGGCCAUCCUUAACGCGUUUCGCCAACUUGGCAACUGUGUGCUUCAAAUUUGAACUGGGGCGACGCUUCCGCGCGUCAGACGCCGUUCUGCUGGCUACCCAACCAUUCCAGCAGCUUUCUCUGGAGGCCCGACAUCGCGUCGCUCGGCUUGAGCUCGUGCAGGACAAGAAGGAUGCUGUGCCGUGUGCUGAGAUCAUCGUGUCGGCACUUGUGCAGCUGCUGCCUGGGCUGCAGCAGCUGGACAUGCGAGAGUUCCACGGCAUGUCGUACUCCGAACCUCACCAACGCGACAUGUACGGCAGCCUUGCAGCCUGCCUGCCUCAGCUCCAUUGGCUGUCGAUUCCCAGCUGCUAUGCAGCCAGCGGCUUGGCUUUCCUGGCCAAUAAGGGCGGCAACAACCUUCGGCACCUGGAGGUCAGCGGCCACUACAGGGUGCGCAUGCGUGAUAACCUGGAUCCGUCCGCCAUCACCACCAUUUCGAUGCUGUCAGGGCUCCGUGAGUUGCACCUCCGCCGCUGCAGCCUUCCGCAGAGCACGUGGCAGCUCCUAUGGGGCAGCCUACCAGCUUCCUUACAGCGUUUGGUAUUGGACGAGUGGGGCGAAGUGGGUGGGUUCCGCGCUAGCAGCCUGCACGUCCGAUUGAACACCGGCCGCUUGGUCGCCGUGGACUUGCUGCAGUGCUACGGCGGGGCGCACCACAUGCUGCGGGAAGUUCGCCAGCUGAUGUCGGGCCUUACGGAGGGCGGGUCGUUUCAGGAGGCGCUGGAUUUACGCAUUGGGGUGGUGGAUCUGUCGCACGUCCAGCGGCCGGAAAGGAUGGAGGACCUGCGGCAGCUGGGGAGCAUCUUUGCGCGAGUGCACGUUAAGAAGCUUUUCUGGGAGCGCACCUCUCCAGACAUCGUCAAUCAGCUGAUCGAGCAGCUUGGACUUCCCGAAAUCAUAUGCUAUAGUGUUGUAGGCCGUUAUGUGCAGUUUGCUAUCCGCACCCAGGACGCGGGUGUCCGUGUGCCACAGGUUUCCGGAGAGGGGCAGCAGCAGCAGCAGCGGCGGCGGUCGGACCUGCAGCCAAUGCAAGCGGCGGGUGGGUCCCAGGCGCUGCAGCUGCCGUCAGGAGGAGAACUGUUGUCCUUGGCGGUGCAGCGUAUGGUGCCUGAGGCCACAUCGAGCAUUACAUAUCCUCCAGCGUCGGCACCGGGAGCGUCGGUGCCGCAGCACUACUGUCAGCGCCACUUUAUUAUGCGCGGGCCUGCGUCCAAGAGACGGAGGAUUAUGCAACUGCCGCGCGACGCGAUGGAUAGGGGAGAUGUGGCCGUCUUCGGCCACUUCUUCCAAGCCGGCGGCACCGUCUAUGCCUGUGUGACCUGCUUGAAUGGCAAAAGUGCGGCGGCGGUGGCGGCUGCAGCCAAUGCGCGGGCAGUGGACGUGCUCCCUAUCGACAGCUCACGCUGUUCACAUUGCGCCAGUAUCAUGGAAACAUGCAUAGCGGAGGUGAUGCAGGAGACGUGGAGUGCCGCCCAUGACCCGGCCGACCCGAGCAGCAGGCGGCAGCUGGUGGAGUGGUUGGCGCGGCUGGACAGGGAGGUCGUCUACCUUUCCAAUGGCGAGAUCCACGAGACGGACAGUGAGGGGGACGAGACGGACAGUGGGGGCGACGAGACGGACAGUGAGGGCGACUGAGGUAUCAUGGACGGGCAAACGACGACGGGGAUGUCACUGCUCCUGCGCGGCGUCGGUCCAAGCCGCAGUGCACGUCAUGGUUAUCCAACCCGUUUGUGUGAAACGCGUUAGAGGUCUUUGCUUCUGUUUCGAUGCCCUAUUGCUGCAGACGGGCAUUGCAUGACGAAUGACCAACCAGUGUACGAGGGUGAGACUUAUGGGUGGUGUGUCUGUGAUGCUGACUAGCAACCAAGGGCAUAACAUAGAGGGGGUAUGGAAGGGAUGAGGGAUGGUUUAUGCGCAUGGUAUUAAGGGAUAUGUGAUGAGAGGCCAUGUCUGGUGGUGCUGCAUGGCUUCGUUUGCAUGUGUGCAGCAGGUGGUGAACCGAACUAUGCUUGCAGGAAGGGGCUCAGCAUAGGAGCAAGGGGAUUCCGUGUCGCCUCCAAAUAGCAGGG